AUGUCAAGAGAAUCCGAAAGCUGUUCGAAUUUAGCACAGAAAUUAAAAGAGGAAUUUCUCUAUCAUUUUGAUAUUUUUGCCCAAUAACCCAAUUUUACAAUACUCAAUCGUAGCAAAUUUCCCUCAGUCCUUGGGUUUUUAAUUUCAUUAAUGAUUGCUAUGUUUGGACUCUAUUUUUUUCUUACAGAAGUAGUCUCUAUGGUCUCAUAAUCAAAGCCUGCAAUCUAUCAAACAGAAUUAUCUAUAUCUGAAACUGAAGUAUAAAUAUUAACUAUAAUCAGCCAUUUAUCCUUAAAAAUGAUAACUUUACCUUAGCAAUAUCUGUAGUGAAUCGAUAUUCAGAGCCAUUAAUAGGAAUUAAUCGAUAUUUUUAAUUAAAUAUCAGUUAAUGCGAGAGAUUAAGAACAAAGGAUUAAUAUUCUGGAAAUGUUUCUGUAAAAUUAAAGUAAAGAUUACUGAAUAAUAAGUUGUACAUAAGUACCAAUAGAGCCAUGUAAUAUGUCACAUUUCACAACAGAUAUAUAGAAAGAAUACUUUUCAACUAUUAGAAUGGGAGGGAUUUAAUGCAUUAAUAGAUAAUAUCUAAAAGAGAAUCCAUUAGUAUAUAAAAUUUUAAAUAGAUUAGAUUUUGUAGGGAUUGAUUUCCUCGAACAUAUUCAGAUACAUAUUUAUUUAGUUUAUUGCAUGUCAAAAUACAAGUUUAUUUCAGAGUUGUGCAUCAUAAUAAGAAAUAGAAAGUAUUUUAGAAUCAGGCCAUUAUAAUGUUUAUAAAAGUGAUUAUCUUACUAAACUUGAUCAACCUGGAUAACCUUAUUAAGAAAUUAUCACAAAUGAAUUUACAACUUUUUCUUUAAGCACUUCUAAGACUAUUUCUUAAAAAUAUAGAAUAUUAUAAACAUCUACAGAUGAAGGAUUAAUUUGGGAAUAAAAUAAGGAUUAAUCAAAUAUUUAAUAAAGUGAAUGGAGAGAGAUAUCUGAAUUUUAUAAUAAUCAAUAUAUAGUUGUUCAUUAUAUAAGAUUAGAUUACAAAUAAACAAAUAAUAUUAGAACAUAUGUUAAAUUAUAAACAAUAUUAGGUAAAUUAGGUGGAAUAUUUUAGAUAUUUAUAAUGAUAGUAGCUAUUAUAUUAAGACCUAUUAUUGAAAACUUUAUGAAAUUAGAAAUUGUAAAUUCUCUUUUCAAUUUUUCUAAUUAAAAUGAUAUUGCAAAUUAAUAAUCUUAAAAUGUUAUGAUGAUCUUAACAGAAAGAGAUAUGAAGAGUUAGAUAAAUAAAACUGAGAAAGUACCUAUAUCCAAAAAUUAAAAUAAUAAAUUAAGUUAAUCUAGACUUGAUUCUUGGUUUAUAAUCUUUGGGUGUAAUUAAUUCAAAAAAAAAUAAUUUAUAGUUGCCAAAAACAAAAUUAAUAAAUAUUUAGAAAUAGUUCAGAUUUUAAGAAAAUUAUAAGAUAUUUAAAUUCUUAAAAAGAUUUUACUUACAAAAGAAUAAUAAAUUUUAUUAAAAAAUCAUAGAAGAUAAAUAGGUAAAAAUGGUUUUUGUUUUAAAAACUAAAACUAAGAUUAAAAUUAAAUUAAUAAUCAAAUAAUAGAAUUAGAUAAUUGUAUGAUCUAAUAGAAAAGUAAAAGUGUCUUAGAUCAUCUUGGUAUAAAAAUACAGGAUAAAUUAUUUUAUAAAGAUACUUUUAACUUAUGUAAUUAAUUAAAAGAAAUAUAAUUUAUAAGUCAUUCUGAAAUCUAAGAACCUGUAGCAUAAACACCAAAAACAUGA